AAGAAUACUGAUGGAAUGCCUCUCCUCCAGGACCCAGGUCGACCAGGAGGGCUUGACCAGCAGGGCAUCUGGGAAUCGCAUGUCAUGUUCAGACGCCGCAGGUGGCAGCGUCGCAUCACAGGGAGUGGUCCCACUGUGGACAACAUGGCAGCUCCUAGCUGGGAAACCCGGACCCGUUUCCGGGUUCCGUACCGCUGGCCAGGCUACUUCCGGCAGCGCGAUGGCUGGGUUCCCGGGACUCGAACGGAAGUUCCGGCGGGGGCGGCCGAGGGGGGAAGAGUGUGUGUCUGUGCGGGAGAAAGGGGAGAAUCGCCCGAAAGGUCUCGGAAGCCCCUGGGAGUGAGGCCCAGCCUGCAGGAAGCCCUGCAGUGUAUGUGUGGUAACGCCAUGUCUGUGCCCCUGCUCACUGACGCUGCCACCGUGUCUGGAGCUGAGCGGGAAACGGCCGCGGUUAUUUUUUUACAUGGACUUGGAGACACAGGGCACAGCUGGGCUGACGCCCUCUCCACCAUCCGGCUUCCUCAUGUCAAGUACAUCUGUCCUCAUGCGUGAGUGUCACCCCAGCAAUAGAGGGGCUGGGGGAAGGGUGGCCCUCUAGUCCUAGGCCUGGUUCUUUUCAUCAGCUGCCUCCUGGGGCUUGGGCUUAAAGCAGUCAGGCCUUGUUCAGCCUCACCUCGCUAGAGCUAGGAAUGGGCUCCAGUUCUUGCCUUCGCCCACCCCCAGGGCUUCCUGGACCCAAGACCUCCUA